GCUAGGCGUGGCUCAAGCUCAUAGAGGAAAAUCAUAUAUAUAUAUCAACACAAAGAUGGUGUCUUUAAGCUUCAAUAUUAUCACCUUUCUAGUACUAAUGGCGCUCCCCCUGCUACAUGUAACUCAGUCAGCUAGCACUGCAGAUAUGAGUGAAGUACCGGCUUCUGGUGAUCAUGAAACUAUUAAACCAGUAGUUGUGCCAAGAAUGGGCACCCUGAAUAUGAAUCAACAGGAAACCUAUGAAGUUUCAAACAGGAGAUUUCUUGGGAGGAAGAUGAUGUUUAAAAGGAUUUUGGGAACGGUAAAAGAGGAAGCAGGAUACUUAAAUGGAGGACAAUCUUCCAAGAGUACUGCUACUUCAUCAGGUUCUGCGCAUCCUGUCAAAAACAGUAUCAAUAUCGAUGUACGACCACAAAGAUUGAGAAACAUUAGUAGAGGACGUCCUCAUACUCAUCGCCGUGUGAAGGUGAAAAUAGCUGGUAACUUUAUACCUUUGAAUGCUGAUUAUCAUGUUCCGAGACCUCACCCGCCCAAGAAUAACUAACUAACAGCCAGUAGUCCUCAGCAGUACGUAGUUGUAUGAAGACUACCGAAAAUUUUGUCACACACUUCAUCUCAUAUCGUAGGUUUUUGGCAAUGUUUUGCUACGUAUGAUUAUCAAGAGUUUUGACAUACGUACGUACUUAGGUUUUGGAUGUCAUACUUGUAUGUAUGGAGUAGC